AGAAGAAUACAUUGAUUAUUCUUUAUAGUUUCAGCAUUUCGUUUUCUUAACCGUUGUUACCUACAGUAUAUAGAGAGAAUGGGUUAUUGUGUUGGAACUUGAUAUGGGUAUUUUAGAGCCCAGUGUAUUGGAAGUUAGAUCAUUAUUUUUUAAAGAAGGAGAAUUCUUUAACCCAUUAAGUACCAAAUACAGCUGUAUUUAUGUAAUUUGAUACAUUCCAUUUUGACUUUUGCAGUUAAGAAAAUUACUAUAACAAUAUAGUUCAAGAAACAACAAGAUUUGCUGAAGGCGGCUGUUAUGUUAGUCAUUCAUUGGAGUGAUUGUCACGACAUAAAAGUGUGGUCAGUAAAAGGAGAGGCCCUUUAGUUCAUUUUCUUUUACAGUAAACAGUUGGUUUUGUAAUGUAGGACUGUUUCUGCUUUUUUUUUUUAAUUCAGCUACUCAGUGUUCAAAUUGUGCAACCCUUUUUCCUUCCCCUAACUAGCUGGCUCAGUUCCCUGUGAUGUUUUAAUGUCUCUGAAGGUGUAGCAGCAUAAAUUAGCUCUUUAUCACAUCAGCAAAAGGACAAAAUACCCUGAAGUUGUAUUCUGAGUGUCCUGUAGAUGCCUGUAGCACAAAGCUGGCUCUUUGAAUCAGUUGCAUAGUGCCCCUGCAACCAGAAGACACUUCAUUACAAAGGAUAAGUGGUGGUAGAAUUAGUUAGCAGGAAUUAUAGUACAGCGCUCCCUCACUAGUUCCCAUGAACACAUGCUAAGCACCUACUAUACUUUACUCCUGUACUGAUAGACUGCCCUCGAUUUUAAGCCAGAUUGCAAUAAGGGUACACGGUCCUUUACAAAGCUGAGGUCCUUCAAUAGCGGUCGCUGUGUGCUGGUGUCUCCGCAGUGUUCUGCUGUUACUAUGUGUCCCGCGGGAUCCUGCAGGAGAACCGCCAGGAGCUCAUCGUCUUCGUGGCGAGCGUCUUGCUGGUGAUGAUCCGCUCGAUUGUUAACUUCGCCGUCCUCCCCGCUUCCGAAAAGGACAGCCUCAUUCUGGUGCGGUUCGUGUGCAUCGUGUGCAUCGGGCUGUUCCACGUGAUCUGCAGCACUCUCCUCAUCUGGAGCCCCAACAUGAUGGCGUUCCAUGUGGGCGGGGCUCUGGAGAGCCUGCAGGAGCAGUACUUUCUGCUCAAUGUCUGUUUCUCCAUGGUGACCUUCGACCUGCAGGCCCAGAUCUGCCUGUGCAUCUUGGUGCUGACCUCAGGCGUCUACAACAUCUCCUUUUCCCACAGCAUCAUCCUGGGCUUUGGGAUCUUCUGGGCGUGUCUCACAUCCGCUGUCGGGGUGAUAGCGGUCUUAAAAGAACUGAAGCCUCUUGUUUGGGUGUUUAUGUUCCAGAACUUGCCAGAAUUGGCCUAUCUCAUUUUUCUACUGUAUCAGAUUAUAACACAGUGGGGAGCAAGGGGGUCCUACGCCCUGGAAGCUGCUGCAAUUACCGGCUCCAUCAUCUCAGUGGUGAUCAAAGGCGUCCUGGUCCUUGACUCGGCUGUAUCGGAGCUUUGGGCAGGGGCUGCGGGAGAGGAUGUUUGCUUCAGAGCAGCAGCAGUAGCAAAGCAUUUUCCUGAUUUGAAGGUGACAUCACUCCGGCUAAGCUGCGUGGCAAAGUUCUGACCACCGUGGGGCGCCAGCACAGCAAGUUCUACAGCAGGACUGCUCUCAUGGACUGAUUACUCAAUUCGAGGAGGAACGGAAAUCGGAGAUCAAUGGAGGUUGAGUAAUCUCAAUGAGAUACUCAACUAAAUACUCAGACCAGGUGGUUUGUCUUAUUUUAUGUACAGACGGUGCACUGGAUUUAGAAGAAAUACAGUUGCAGUUUUGUGGUUUACUGCAUUGUCAUCGUUAGCAUAACACCAAGCCUAAGACGUUUGAUUAUUAUUUAUUUUUUAUUUUUUUACAGCUUGGUAAACAUUUUCUUCAUUGACAAACGCCUUCUCAAGACUUCUUUCUGUGUUUCAGCCAAAACAAAAAAAGAAUCGUAAAGGUAUUUUUAUACAGAUGAAACUGUUCAAGAAUAUCGGACUGUAC